UGUAAGAAGAACCACGAGAGGGCAUCAGAGACCAUUAGAUGAAUUGUAUCAACCGGAUUACUGAACAGGAAGAAGAGCACCAGGAUACGUCAGCAAAUAACAACAUUACCUGUGUGUGGGUGAGAAAUGGCUACUGGAGUGGAUCAAGCAGCUGGCAUGAGUCUUGUUGUCUUCAGCCUCGUGCUGUUCACGUACUACUCUGUCUGGGUCAUCAUCCUGCCUUUCGUGGACAGCGAUCACUUCCUGCACAAGUAUUUUCUUCCUCGGGAGUACUCAGUCAUUCUGCCUGGAAUCGCAGCAGUAAUACUGCUCAUCUGUAUAGGAGCCUUCACCGUUGUCAUCAUGUGGAAGAAUCGCAAGCCAAAAAAAGCGGACUAAUGUUGUAAAACAUCAGCUUCUUGCACCUUACAACUAAAAUCCAGCCCUAUUUUGUAAUAAAUACUCCUCAUCGUCA